UUCUUUUUGUUACAGAUGGUGUGCGCAGGUGACUCUGUUUCCAUCAAUACAACCAGUAUGACCACAACAUGGGGAAACGCGAAUGGCACUGUUUCUGGGUACACGCAUACAGAAAAGAGCAAGGUGGAGAGCGAGCGGAACACCCCUGCUGAAGAUCCAAUAAGGAAUGGCACCACAGGCUUUAAUCCAACAACUUCGAACACGUCCUUUGUCACUUCAGAAACAGUCGCCGGGACUUCAAGAGAUUCCGUGGCCAUAAAUGACACACUAGAGCCCAGUCCAGUCUCUGGUCUUCAAAAUUCCUUCGUGAGGGUGACAAAGGCUGCUCUUACCUGGAAGACUGGCAAUGGUACUUCUACCUACCGGCUGCUCCUUGAAGGUGUCGGAAGUCCCAUAGAGUUGACUCAAGACUUAGUGGCCAAUAUAUCGGGCCUGAAACCAGGGACUUCACACAACGUCACCCUGACACUUGCAGAACCAAAUGAACAGAGAAAGCCCUCGGUCACAGGCAGUGGCUUAGAUGCCAACAACACCGAGGGCGCCCUCCCGCAGCCCAGGACGCCCAGUGCCCUGGUGUAUGGGUACACCCUCAAUUCCACAGACCCGUCUUCUCACCAUCCUCUGACCGGAGACACGGAAGUGUGGCUCUUCGGGCUGAAGCCCAACACGCAGUACAAGGCCACCGUGUAUCCUCAAGCAGCCGGUGGUAGAGAAGGGCAGCCCCAAAACAUAACUUUCAGGACGGUGGCCAGUCAAGUUUUUGACAUUGAAGUUGUGAACAUCAGUGCGACCAACGUGACCCUGACCUGGAAAAUCAACGAUGAUGAGACAUCCUCUGUCUAUACCUACAAGAUCCAGGUUGCUGGGGCGAUGGAUUCCUUCACCCUCAAUGCCAGUGAGACUUGGGUCAACAUCCCUUCACUCAACUCAAGUACCUUGUACAACAUCACCGUGUGCCCUUUCCUUCAAAACGGUUCUGAAGGCGUGUCAGGUUUCCUCCAAGUGUACACCUCCCCUGGUCCAGUUUCUGACUUCCGAGUGACGAGUGUUAGCACGAGGGCAAUUGGCUUAGCUUGGAGCAGCAAUGACUCAGAUUUCUUUAAGAUAAUUACCACAAAGAAUGGAACUGGAGAAUCUCAGGAGAACACAACCACUCACCAAAGUAUUAUCAUUGGUGGCUUAUCCCCUGGAACUAUGUAUGUUUUUGACAUAUUUCCAAGAGGACCAAAUGAGACUAAAGGGGAUCCCCAGAGAAUCUGCAAUAGCACUGACCCCAGCAUGGUCUUUGACAUCCGUGUGCUCAAUGUCACCACAACCGAAAUGGAGUUGGAGUGGCAGAAUACAGAUAAUGCUUCUGACUAUACCUACUACUUGGACUUACAGUCCAAGUAUGGCACUAACAGGACAUACAGCUCUCACAAAGCUAUCACUCUCAAGGACUUGGUUCCAGGCACCUUAUAUAACAUCACGAUCUUUCCAGAAGUGGACCACAUCGUGGGGAAGUCCGACUUCACUGCACCGUACACAAGGCCCAGCAUUGUAUCCAACAUUGAAAUAAGUAUCAACACCACAGCAGCAACCUUAAUUUGGCAGAACUUUGAUGAAGAUUCUGAUAUGUACACCUACCACCUUUUUAUUAAGAAGGAUGGAAGUUCUAGCAAUGCAAGAGAACUCAUCACAGACAUGGGUGUCACCAGUGCCACCAUCACCGAGUUAAUACCUGGGUCGGUAUACAUGGUGGAGAUCUUCACCCAAGUUGGGAAUGCUACCUGGUCCCUGUCACCGAGCUGGCAGUCAUUCUGUACAGAUCCCGCACCAGUAGCCUUCUUCCAUUGCGAAGUGGUCCCCAAAGAGCCAACCUUGAUUCUCAAGUGGCCCUGUCCUCCUGGCGCCAACACGGGCUUCCGGCUGGAGAUCAGCAGAGGAGCUUGGGAAAAUGUGACAGACCUGGAGAACUGCUCCUCAGAGAACGGCACUGAGUACAGGACAGAAAUCACAUGUUUGAAUUUUUCUACCUCCUACAACAUCAGCGUCGCUGCCUCUUCCUGCAACAAGACCGCAUCUCCCGCCCAAAACACCUGCCUCACUGGCAUCACAGCCCCCCCUUCUCCAGAUGGAUCCCCGAAUAUUACGUCCAUCAGUCACAAUUCCGUAAAGGUUGAGUUCAGUGGCUUUGAAGCCAGCCACGGACCCAUCAAAGCCUAUGCGCUGAUUCUCACCACUGGGAAUGCUGUUCAGCCAUCUGCAGAUGUUUUGAGAUACACGUAUGAGGAUUUCAAAAAGGGGGCCUCAGAUACUUACGUGACAUACCUCAUAACCACAGAAGAGAAGAGACGUUCUCAGGGCUUGGCUGAGGUCUUGAAAUACGAAGUCGAUGUUGGGAACGAGUCAACCACGCACGGUUAUUACAACGGGAAGCUGGAACCCCUGGGCUCCUAUCGGGCUUGUGUGGCCGGCUUCACCAACAUCACCUUUAACCUUCGCAAUAACGGACUCAUAGACGGGCCCGAGAGCUACGUGUCCUUCAGUCCCUAUUCAGAUGCAGUGUUCUUGCCCCAGGAUCCAGGUGUCAUCUGUGGAGCAGUUUUUGGGUGCAUCUUUGGUGCCUUGGUAAUUGUGGCUGUGGGCGGCUUCAUCUUCUGGAGAAAGAAAAGGAAAGAUGCGAAGAAUAAUGAGGUAUCCUUUUCUCAAAUUAAACCUAAAAAAUCCAAGUUAAUCAAAGUGGAGAAUUUCGAGGCCUACUUUAAGAAACAACAAGCAGACUCCAACUGUGGGUUUGCAGAAGAAUAUGAAGAUCUGAAGCUUGUUGGAAUCAGUCUACCCAAAUAUGUGGCGGAGCUGGCUGAGAAUAGAGGAAAAAAUCGCUAUAAUAACGUUCUGCCCUAUGAUAUUUCCCGUGUCAAGCUUUCCAUCCAGACCCACUCAGCUGAUGACUACAUCAACGCCAACUACAUGCCCGGCUACCAUUCCAAGAAAGAUUUCAUUGCCACACAAGGGCCUUUGCCCAACACUUUGAAAGAUUUCUGGCGUAUGGUUUGGGAGAAAAAUGUAUAUGCCGUCGUUAUGUUGACCAAAUGUGUCGAACAGGGAAGGACCAAAUGUGAGGAGUACUGGCCCUCCAAGCAGGCUCAGGACUAUGGGGACAUAAUGGUGGCAAUGACAUCAGAAGUCGUUCUUCCAGAAUGGACCAUCAGAGACUUCACGGUGAAAAAUAUCCAGACAAGUGAGAGUCACCCUCUGCGACAGUUCCAUUUCACCUCCUGGCCGGACCACGGCGUUCCCGACACCACGGACCUGCUCAUUAACUUUCGGUACCUUGUUCGUGACUACAUGAAGCAGAGACCUCCUGAGUCACCCAUUCUGGUCCACUGCAGUGCUGGCGUUGGAAGGACAGGCACAUUCAUUGCCAUUGAUCGUCUUAUCUACCAGAUAGAGAAUGAGAACACGGUGGAUGUGUAUGGGAUUGUGUAUGACCUUCGAAUGCACAGGCCCUUAAUGGUGCAAACAGAGGACCAGUAUGUUUUCCUCAACCAGUGUGUUCUGGAUAUUAUCAGAUCCCAGAAGGACUCAAAAGUAGAUCUCAUCUACCAGAACACAACCGCAAUGACAAUCUAUGAAAACCUUGCUCCCGUGACUGCGUUUGGAAAGACAAAUGGUUAUAUUGCCUAAUCCCAAAGUCAGACCUUUCUGGAGUUACCUGGACCGUCACACCCACAGCAAAGGAAAAUGCCCCGAUGUGGACAUGUUUUUAUAUGUCUAAUAUCUUAAUUCUUUGUUCUGUUUCAUUAGAACUAAUUUGAGGGUGUGAGGCUGCACAGGACAGAUGAAAAGUUGGGGCUGACAGGGGCUGUGGAUGGGUGGUGAGCUAAUCUACUACAUUUCUGAUCACCAAUGGGAUGAGUUCACUUUUUUUUUUGUUUGUUUUUCUUAAGAAUUAUGGGAACACCAGGAAAAGUGAGCUAUGACUUUUUUUUUCUUUUUCAAAACAGAUUCUUUUUAAAAAAGACUAUUUUAUAUGAUUCACAUGCUAAAGCCAGGAUUGUGUUGGGUUGAAUAUAUUUUAAGUAUCAGAGGUCUAUUUUUACCUACUGUAUCUUGGAAUCUAGCUGAUGGAAAAUACAUAAUUGUGGAUGAUUAUCGUGUAGGGAGGGGUACAUGGUGCCUCUCCUGCCUGGGUUUUCUAUUUGAACAUGUGCCUUUUCUGAAUUAUGCUUCCACAGGCAAAACUCAGUAGAUAUCUCUAUUUUUGUAUUGAAUCUCAUAAUUGGAAUAUACGGAAUAUUUAAACAGUAGUUUAGUAUCCGAGGUUCAGCCUUCUCAGUAACAUUCCUGUUCUCAUUUGACUAGAGGAGGCCUUCCCCUUCCCUUCACCUCCCCCCUGUUUUGUGCUCUAUUCUUUCUUCCCUUUUCCUUCCCACUUUUCCCCAAAGACACUUCUGUUGGCCACAUUUUCAGCCCAUUGGUUGAGUGAGAGGGGAAACCAGGUAUCACCUUGAGAAUUUGUGGAGUGGGGUCGGGGGAGGGAAGCAAAGGAACCCUACAGUGACAUGAUCUCCUUUUCUUGUCCCUGUUUUAUCCUUUUUCUUAUUUCUGUAUUUGGUAAGAAGGAUUAUUUAAAGGUGCAAUAUGUGAUUUAGUGAUUCAUGAUGCUCUAGGUUUUUAGUAAUGUUUUACUCAGGUUGGCAUUUUAUGUGUGUCUGUGUAUAUGUGUGUGUGUGUGUUUUUAAAAGCGUGGCAAUCUGUGAACACUUCAGUGUGAAAACAGUGUCUGACUAAUCCCUCCUCCCUCAAAGUCCACUGGCUUUAGUCUAUCUGCAGUGACACACAUCCAUAUCUACUGUAUAUAUAUACUAAACUCUUAAAACAGUCAUUCCUUUGAAUUGAGGUGUACAAAGUUUGAAUUUGUAUCAAAGAUGUAAUUAUUUUUAAAACCUCUUUUCACUAUACUGCUGCUGUAAUUACUUUGAUUUUUAAAAAAUGUAGAUUAAUUUUUUUUUUUUUGGCUUCAGGUGUUGUAUCCACCAAGAAUUUCAGAAUUUACGUGGAUUUAUUUUAUUGGUACAUAAUCUGUAAACUUCUCAAGGCAUUAACAUGAAAGGAUUUGUUUCUUUUUAUUUUAUAUUGUGGCUCAGGUUAUAUUUGGAAGAAGUUUUGAGUUUCUCCUCCUAUAGGCAAUGAAGAAUUUAAGGUCUUAUGAAGGAAUUGCCAGGUUCCUGGAAUCCUGUGGCUGUUUUCCACAGUAAUAAAUCCUGCUGUAAACUUA